AUGGCUCCCUUCCUCGCCGGGACCGACCGGCGCGCUCCUACUCAAAUAGGACCCUACAACGACUACGCCAUUUUUCGCCCCGUCCGCGACCGAGUCACCCCAGACGGCGCUCAACCCGGGCCUCGUCCUCACACUCACGGGAAGUCUGGGAAGAGGUUCGAUUUCGUCGACUUGACCGUCAACUCAAGCCCGCUCUCACGCCCACAAAGCCAUCGCGGUCCGGUGGCCGAUCGCGCGUCCCAGGCUGCAACCAAGGUCGAGGACACCCAAGCUCACCCGACCUUUUCACCAGACGCCGCACACUGCCUUUCGGACCCCAGUGGCGGCUCAACCGCUGUUUCCAGCAAUGCAGCCUCGGUUCUGGAACCUUCGCCCCCGCCCGUAUCAAUCCAGCCCUCGGUCUCGUCAAUCGACCUCGACGACAGUCUGGAUGCUGAGAUGCCUCGACCACCGCGGCCCGAAGGCUUCCUCAAGGCCCCUCAGCAGUUGACGCCGCCCUCGUCCAAGCGCCCGUCUAGCUACCAGUCCCCCAGGAAUGGCGCCAUCACCAAGAAGCAGACGCCGAAGAAGGAUAUCCCUGAUGUCCGUCAGUUGGCCGCCUUGCUGAAGGAUUGCUCUGCCGACAUUGGCAAAGCUCAUGCUCAACUGUCUCUCUACGCUCUCAAAUCCACCAAAUCCAUUGAAACACGUGUCAAGACCGGUUUCGACUUCUUUUCCAGCGUCAAGAUUGUCCCAGUUGAAGAGCAAGAGGGGACGACCAUGUCUGUUAGAACCAAGCAACAUUUCCGUGGGAGGAAGUCGGACCAAGCCAAAACUGCUCACUAUGUGCCAGUCUGUGUCAAGUCUAACAAGCCUGCUGUGCCCAAGUAUCGGUUUCAUCACACAGAAAUCGCCAAAAAUUUUCUAUCUCCCAACUCCCUGCUCAAAUUUGUGCCUGUCAUUCGAGAUCUUGCGCCCGAGGAAGAGCGAAAAUACAACACCUGGUUAGGGGAGUUGGAGAGAAUGGACGAAAGCUGCGGUUUCAAGACCCUAGGAAGCCGCGAUCAACGAGUCAAUCGAACCAUCAAGAAGGAGAGGACUGCCACCUUGUCACUUUUUCUGGACUCGUGGCUCAAAAAGCUUGCCAUCGACAAUUGCAACCGAGCCACCUUGAUCCGCCACAUGGCCAGCUCAAAUUUGGAUGACGCCAUCACUCCACAGCAGAAGACGAGCCUUGUAAAUCUACACAGCGACGAUUUCGUAGCCGCUACUCCAAGAGCCCUCAAAGCAGCGCGAGUCUUCACAGAUGCCUUUGAUCAGGUCUUCUACCACGGCGGUCCCCAGAACAUGGGCAUCUUGCUGUCAGAUGUCCUGAAGCUCGACAAGUCCGUCGAUGAAAUCGUCGAAACCAAAAAGACGGCCAAGGUCGGUCAAGACGACGCCGACAAGGUGGAUUCUCUCGAGCACUGGAUCGAAACGCAUACUGUAAUGGGAUGCCUUAUAUGCUACAGCAACUCUUGCGAGCACGGAGACUACAGCCUGGAAAAUCACAAGCGCAAUUUUUCCAUGGACUGCAUCGGAAUGUAUGGGCGGAUGUUCUCCGCAAAUCGCGUUGUGUCUUCCACAAAUCCGGUCGAGCAUCCACCAGCUCCACUUCCAUGUGAGCGACAAUGCUACCGAAUCUACGGCGUUGGCGGCUCCGAUGCAGAGUCGAGGCCAUGGACUGAAGACGAAACGUUUUUGCUGCGCGGUCUCUUCUCCAUUCUGGAUCACAAUAAAGUCCAGGUUAAGGCUGAAUGCGCCACCGCAGAGAUUCUUGACAGAGACUGUUGCGAUGUCCAUCGUCAUUUGCAAUCCCUCGACAUCAACCUCCCGCCCAUCACAACGAUUGAUCGACCUAGACCCAAGAAUCUUCCUUGGUACGAUCGCAAAAAGAAGAUGCUCCUCGGCGACUGGCAGGAUCACACCAAUUCUCACGAUACAAAGGUGCGCCCAUCCAAUGAUCCGUGUCAUCACGAAGGCCCCUGCACCGCCGAAAACGGGUGUCCCUGUGUACUCAACGAUGUACUCUGUGAGCGCUUUUGCCGCUGUACGGAGGACUGUUGCGCGUACAAGUUCACUGGUUGUGCCUGCCACGCCAGCGGCAAGACAUGCCUUCAGAAGCAGAAAGAAGGUCGGCCUUGCAUUUGUGUACAGCUGAACCGCGAAUGCGAUCCUGACCUCUGUGGAACCUGCGGCGCUCUCGAACGUGCGGACCCUGCGAAUCGACACGAUGCAGCGCUCUUCCAAACAGGCUGUCAGAAUAUUGCCAUUCAGCGAGGCGUCAGCAAAGCUGUUGUGCUCGGCAAGAGCCAGUUGGAAGGCUGCGGCUACGGUCUGUUCACGGCGGAAGAUAUUGCCCAGGACGAAUUCGUCAUUGAAUACACCGGCGAGCUCAUCGUUGCGGAUGAAGGAGUCAGGAGAGAGGCCAGACGCGGCGAAGCUUUCUCCAUAGAGAAGAGUACAUCGUAUGUAUUCAGUCUCUUGGACUACGAAGGCAUCUGGGUCGACGCUGCUAUUUACGGUAAUCUCAGCCGCUACAUCAACCAUGCUGUAGAGAACGCCAACGUUCAACCGAGCAUUCUCUACGUCAAUGGCGAAUUCCGUAUUCGAUUCACUGCUACUCGGAGUAUCAAGGCUGGUGAGGAGCUCUUCUUCAACUACGGCGAAAACUUCCCCAAUCUCACGGAAAAGAUGAUCAAAGAAAAGGCAGGCGAUGGAGAUGAAGGGGAAGAAGAGAACGUCGUGUCAACAAAACGCGGACGAGGUCGCCGGCAGCGGGCAACAAACGGCUCCGAGAAGUCAGCCACACAGAGGCUUCCAAAGGCAAAAUUUGCCAAAAGCGUUAACACGGGUGCUCGCAAAGAGGCGCCCAAGGUGGCGGUGGACGAUUACGAGGUUUUAGCUGACCUGGACCCAACGCCCGCUCCGAAUCGGAAGCGGAAGCGAGCUGCAAAAAGUGACGAUGAGGAUGAAGAGUUUCACCCCUCGUUGGAAUCCGAGGAGAAUGCCGAGGUGCGAGGUGCGGAGAAGCGGGUGUCAACAUCUAGACGGCGAGGUGGUAUCCGCCGCGUGAGGUCGAUGGGUUCCAUUGUUCCAUCGGAUUCGGAGGGCUCGACGAAAACAACCCCUCGUGAUAAUCGUGGACCCGGACAUUCUUCUGGCUCACAGACUGCUAUUGGUCCUCAGCUGACAGCCAAGGGUCUCGAGAUUUCUACGAAGCCAGCGAAGGGUACAUCGCCCCCCAAAAAACGUCGCGGCCGCCCACCCAAGAUCCCUCGUCCGCCUAGCCCAGUUGUGGCAGCAGGGAUAGAGGUUGAACACGGCGAAGAUGUGAUUCGAGCCAACCCGAGCAUCGUCCGGCUUCCAGAAGGCGAACACGAUACUGUCCCAUCCGGCUUGAACCAGGCUCCCAGGUCUGCUCGUGGGCGCAAGAUCAUGGCGACUGACCUCAGCAAGUCGAUUGAAGAUGCAAUGGACGUCGAUGAAGAUGAGCCAGAGAUUAACGUAACCCCGACAAAAUCUCGAGGCCGAAAGAAAGUUGAGGCCCAAGGACCAUCGCGUUUUGGGCGUACAGCGCGUCACCCGCCCACCGAAUCCGGCGCUGUCGUAGACUCGGACGACGAGCCCUUUACUCUGAGCUCAGCAUCCAGACGGAAGCGCACGCAGAAGCAGGUUUUGGGCCCCUUGGAGAACAACGAUAGCGAGUCUAGCUAUAAGGUGCAGGGCGCUGGUACAGACUCAGAUGAUGACGACGAACCCAUCUCUUCUCUCGAUCGUUCUUCCAGAAAGAAGAAACUGCCAGCUCGGUUUCGGUCGUCAUCAUAUGAGGAGGACUAA